CACGCGGGAUUCCUGCUCGGACUCGGACUGCGUGGUUUCCUAACGGAAGAGCGACUUCCCGUCGCAGAUUGCUACAAGUAUCUGAAGUUACAACACGAGGUGACGACGGUGGCGCUGCUGCUUGGGCUAGCAGCAAGUCACAUUGGUCUCGGUUCAAAGCAGACGGGCAUCACACGCAUGUGCGCUUUGCAUAUUUCCUUCUCCUUCGAGGCACCGCCGAGCGUGCGUGCGGCUUCGUCGCUGGGAUUGGGGCUGCUGUAUGCACAAACCGGUCAGCGUGGCAUUGCCGAAAUGCUGGCGAAGGAACUGCAUUGCAGCGCCUAUCGCGACGAGUGCCAACAGCUUGCUGCUGCAUUUGGACUAGGGUUAGUGUCGCUCGGCAAACAGGGACUGCACCGAGAUUUAGUUUUGUUGAAUCUCCCUUCCGCAUUCCUUCGGCGGCUCGCGCGCGAGAUGGCAGCAUCGUACAGCGUGCGCGGUGCCGGCGUUGGGCCUUCUUACCACGACAGUAGCUCUGGCAAUUCGUUUUUGCAGGCAGCAGCCGCACACGAGCUUGGCUCAGGAGACAUGAACGAAGAAGAUUUGCCAAGCGCUGUUCUCCUCGAGCCGGCUUGUCGUGACUUUUUCGACACGGCAUCAGGAGAUGGACAAUUUUCGCAGGCAGCGUGUCUGGCGCUUUCAUUGAUGUACCUGUGCAGCAAUGACCGUCGUUUAGCCACACGCAUUCCCUUGCCACGCAACGGCUAUCAGCUGAACGCGACGCCACCGGACCUGCUUGCCGCGCGCAUGAUCGCGCGCGGUUUGAUUCUGUGGGACGACGUGAAAGCCUCGAAAAGCUGGAUUUUGGGCCAAGUGCCGCUCUUCCUGCUUCGGGACUUUGAUCUUGAAUGUGAAAAUGCGACUGAUUUUCGAGCACUCUGUGAGCUGUUUUUCGGUGAGGAG